AGCAGGAGCAGGAGCAGGAGCAGCAUAUUCUCCUUUCCUUACUUUCUUUAUAAUAAGUUCAGUGAUCAUCACACCAUCUCCAUACUACUGCACUUGUCUUUGACUAAUACAUCUAGAGAGAGAAGCAAGAGAGAGACAGAGAGAGAGAAAUGGCGAAAGUAGGGAGAAUGAAGCUGGGAUCACAAGGUCUAGAGGUGUCCAAACAGGGACUGGGGUGCAUGGGGAUGUCAGCCUUCUACGGGCCUCCAAAGCCCAAAGAAAACAUGAUCAAACUCAUCCACCACUCCAUCAACUCCGGCGUCACUUUCCUUGACACCUCCGACGUCUACGGUCCUCACACCAACGAAAUCCUCCUCGGCAAGGCACUCAAGGGAGGGAUGAGAGACAAAGUUGAAUUGGCUUCGAAAUUCGGGAGCCGCUUUGCUAAGGGAAAGACAGAGAUUCGAGGUGAUCCGGGAUACGUACGGGCAGCAUGUGAGGCGAGCUUGAAGAGGCUGGACAUGGAUUGUAUCGAUCUCUAUUACCAGCAUCGGAUUGACACCCGCGUCCCCAUUGAAAUCACGAUGGGAGAACUCAAGAAACUGGUUGAAGAGGGUAAAACAAAGUACAUUGGUCUAUCUGAGGCCUCUCCUUCAACAAUCAGAAGAGCUCACGCAGUUCAUCCAAUUACAGUAAUACAAUUGGAAUGGUCUUUAUGGACAAGAGAUGUGGAGGAAGAAAUAGUUCCUACUUGCAGAGAACUUGGAAUUGGGAUUGUCACAUACAGUCCUUUAGGAAGAGGAUUUUUAUCAUCAGGUCCUAAGCUUGUUGAGAAUUUUGCAAAUGAAGACUUCCGAAAGGUUUGUGCCAUGUUAAUGUCAUCAUAACAUUGUUGUGAAUAGUCUUGACUUUCUCUCUUUGUGCAAACUGUAGAAAAGUAAUCGAUCUUAUAAGCUGAUAAGAUACACCAUGUUUUCUAAAAAUGAGGAGCGCUUGUUGGUAAAAGUUU